UGACAAAAUGGCGCCGAAUUUGGACAAAGUUGUUGAUUUACCUUGUCGAUGGUUAAACAGGUAUGAUCUACUUGAAACCAAGUUGAAACUUGUUUAAAAUGUUCUUGAUACCAUUAUGUCUGAAAUGAUUUACAUUUUUUGUAGGAUAUCGACGAGAUCGCCGAUAAACAGCGGAGUAAAGUGGAGAACUUGGCCAAAUACGUCCAUUUGCAGGAGGUAGGCACAUUUCAAAUUAUUAUUUCGGUCAGAAAAUAUUAACUAUUUUACACCAAACCAGUGAUAAUAUAUUUAAAUAAGUACCAUUUAUGUUUCUAUCAAAAAGAUUUAGGGAAAAAGGUAAUGUAAGUCCACUGCUGUUUAUCUGAAUUUGUAAGCCACAAAUUGACGUUUAACUAUGAUUAUUGCAUGGCCAUUUUCAUGUGAAAUAUUAGUGCUAGGCAUUUCACACUUACCAAUGACCACCCCCAAUAGUACCAUCUCUGAACCAUAUAAGCACCUCAGAAUAACCAAAGCUUUUAUGGUUUGGUAGAUAGCAGUAUGGCGAAAGCGUCGUUUUUGGGUGUGGUCAGUUUCGGACGUUUCGUCCCGGAUUGGGGUUCGGGCAGCAUUACCAUGUUGACCGUCAUGGUCAACUUGCCCUAAAACAGUUGAGAUUAUCUGUCCUAAAUGAAAUGCAUACAAACUCAUAUACAGGUCCUAGACUAUAAGCAAUUAUUGCCUAUUUAUAAUAAAAGUGCACUGUUUUAAACUAAGGUGCUACAAAAUAUUUUAUCUGUAUAUUUCUAAUUUUUGAUAACUAUAUUCUUUAGGAUAUAGAGCAGCCGGAUCGAGAGAAGUUCACACAAACAGACAUUCCAAUGGCUGGUACGGAUUGCAAUUACUGUCUGGAAUUACAAGAGAGGAACCGAAUUCUUCGCAAUCAAGUCAUAGACUUAAAACAAAGACUAGCUAAAGAGAAAUCCAUUGUGAAGGAUUUACAAUCUAGUAAGUAGUUUAGUGUUAUUUUGUGUUUUGUGUAUACCGUGAAAAUCUAUACCAUAUUUUAUAUGACCGACCUCAGUUGUAAAAUUAUUUCAGAACUGUUGACAAAAAAGUGUCGACAGUCAUACAUGAGCAAGUAUUUGCACUACGAAUAUACAUUUAAUAGGAAGUAUAUUAUCGCUAGUAAUUGUUGAACUAUUACAAACAAGGACAGAGAUUAUUGAGCUUAUCAAAUUGAAAACAUAAGCCCAAGUUGCCCAAUAUAAGCAUAUUUUUAUGGGUAUCAUACACCCUUUUCAUAAAUGGCUGCCAAUCAAAAAUUCUUUUAUGUGCAUGUGAAUUGGCCCAACUAACCUCGUUUCUUGGUAGAAAUUCCUUUGAAAUCUUAACAUGAGUAUGAGGCUAGUUGGGCCAAUUUAUAUGCACAUAAAAGAAUGUUUAAUCGGCAGCCAUUUAUGAAAAGGGUGUAUAUGAUUUCACGAUUUUAUAUAUAAUUUUAUCAAUCAGACCUUCAAAUUAUAUAAUAAAUAUGUAUAUAUAAUGUAUGACAUUCUCUGAUCAGGCUAUGUUGAAGAGAUGUAUCAAACCUUCCUGGAUGCUCAACGGAAAGGCGACCUUGAGGAAGAGAAGGACAAAUUGAAGAAGAUGACUCCUGAGCCAAUGAACACAAUGCUGACCAAGCAACCACGAGAUGAGGCCAUAAAGAAAAGAAAAGAAAGGAUAGGAGAGCUAUGGUUGUGGAAGAUGUCCCUCCUACAUCAACAGGUUUGAAAAAUAAAUAUACAGUAUAUUGCAUAGCCUGCGUGGCAGGCUCUCAAUUUUAUGGGCAGAAUUAUAAAUAAACAAACUUUUAUUGUUAUAACACAUAUGUAAAUCAUCUGUUUCUUUCACUUAUUUAGUAUCUCAAGUUGAGGCAACCACAGCAACACCAAAUCAACGGGCAAAACCUCAUUGCAGUUUGUGUCACCAUCCCAUGAAGGGCCACAAAAAUGUGGUUGAUUGCCCACGGAAUCAACAAAACCCAAACUAAUGUAUAAAUAUAUCUUAAAAAAUACAAUUGAAAUAUUGUUCUAUGGUGACAGUUCAUUAUAUAAUAUACUGUAUGCUACAGGGUGGGGUGCAAUAUCAAGAUAGCAUGACCAGUUGCCAUAUGGAACAUUUACUGGUACUGUAUAAGAUAUAAUAUAGGCUAUAUAGCCAUUUGGGGAUUACCUUAUACCUUGUCUGGCCCAAUAUAUCUACCAGAAUAGAAUGUUGAUUUAAAGAUAAAGAGUAGAGCCAAGCAAAUAACUUUAAAGUAAAAAAAAAUAUUAGCCAACAUUUUGUUGUUUACAAUACAACAUCUUCAGAGCAAUCUAAGUGAAUUUACAGGGUAUGGUGUAUAUAUAUUUACAAAUAAUG